AUGUCUUCUCUUUCCUUCUUCGUUUCUCUUUCUAACAACAGGCUCAGCUAGCCCGACGAGGUUCCUGCGCUGCCGGGCAAAGUCGCCGAAGCCGAGGUGGCUGCGAGACCGACCAGCGUCCCGUUUCGCCUGAGCGUGUCUAUGGGUGGAGCUAGCGACACGCUGGCGUGGUCGUGUCUCGUUUUCUCGUACAUCCGACAUUCCCCGUUUGCACCGAUGCCGUUACAGUGGGGGAAAUCGAACAAGCAACAUCGUGCGACGUCGCAACGUUCUGGAGCCUUCACCAGCCAGUAUUCGUGCCACAGAGCCGCUUUCGACGACGAGGAUGCUGGAAAUGGGCGGCGCUUCGUGGAGGUGGCGCCCUUUGUCGUUGGACCGCUCCACAGGACGCCAUUGUCUGUUUGGCGGCGCAGCACCGCGCGGCGUGCGCGACGCACGUCGACGCCCGGCGUCGCGACGCCACUCUUGCACGCAACGCCGUCGCGGCCGUCGUCAUCCUCCUGCCUCUUUUCUCUCUGCCUUCAGCUAGCCGCCCGAAUUUCUGCGCCGAGAGGCCAUAUUUCGUCGUCAAUGCCACACCGUAUCUUCGCCACAUUGGCAUACGAAUUGUCACAUUUGCAAAUCUCUGGCGGCCGUGUAUCGAGUUUUUCAAUAAACCGCGAGUCUCGUGGCUCACAUUAUAUAUCCGGCGAAAUCGGAUGGCCGGAGGUCGGAAAUGGACAAUCUAUUGUUUACGCGGAUAAUCUUAUUAAUGGUACGUUAAUCCCUGUGUCCAGCGGUGUUCAAACAGCCGCGUUGCAGUUCGUUAACUUAAUGGUUAUUAUUAGAAUGAAACGCGGCUCGCUCGCGGCCCGACGCAAUCCGGAUAAGCCGAAAGGCAAUAAAGAGAGAAUUGUAAAUGCUUCGGUUGAAAAUGCUGCCAACAAUACGAGGGCAGGGACUGGCAACGAGCUUUUCCAUUCGCGUUAAUCGUUCAAAUAAUACCCGUGGAAUAUGAAAUUCACCUAGUCGGAAAUGCUGAUACCCGCCGAGAGUCAAGUUUUCAUUCAUGACAGCGAGACCGUGCAAUGGAUCCCCGGAAAAAAUAUUUUCCAACAUCCGCUUUCUACGAGAACCGCCUGCUUUAAAUGGCAGCCUCAUUUCCUAAUUAUUAGGCUAAUCUCACGGCACGUGAAUUCGACAUAACAACGUGGCAAAUCCUACGAGAAAUAUGAUCCAGCGGUUGGGUCGUGGUUCGCUGCAUGUACUUCCGGUGAGGACACCGGAAGUUCUCGGUGUCACGGGUAGCUGAAUAUAUGGUGGCUUUGCUUGUUGUUUAGUGAGUAUUUUUGCAUGCAUCCAAAAUCAUGUCAUACGAUUACAGAUCUCGGCUAAAAGAAUGCAAAGAAUAAACUACUUUGUACCUUUUUGUACCGUGAUCGAAUGGAUCAGAUAGCAACAUAUAAGAUAAGAUAAAUUUCAUAAGAAAAUAUAGGGCACAUUUUAUUUUGAGAGCCUUGACCCACAGUAACUUCGCCCGAAAGAAACAUAGUAUAUAAAUAUUUCGCCUAAUCUCUCAGUAGUUGUAUAGCGGGCUAGAAGUGGAUCCACUCGGAGACCAAAAAAUGUAUCAGAUUACCGAAAGACGAGUUUCGAGAAGGGAAUCGAUGGUAACUGACGAGGACAUUUUGAAUGAGAGAGAGAAGAUGAUCAGAUGAUUCGCCUUUCUAUAUUGUAAUCUCAAUUAUUGGCACAAUAUAAAAACGUAUAAAUAGUUAAUCGGAUAAUCAAAUUUUUCACGUUUCAUACAAAUAUCAUGACUUAUUACAUAUAACAUAUUAUUAUAUGUAGUAUACUAUAGUUUGUAUUACACAGCAUAUUUUUAAGCUAUGAAAUUACAAACCU